AUGAUUGAAAAAGAUUUUUUUGUUAUGAAGGAUGAUGAUGAUGAUAAGGCAGCUGCUAAUUACAAUCCUUAUUCAUUUCAAGUUAUUGAUGAUGAAUAUAUCAAUCAAAAUGGACAAUUAAAAGAUCAUGAAAUUGAUGGUGCUACAGUACAACAACAACAAGUACAUCUUCAACAACAAAAUCCUUAUAAUAAUAAUGAUCGUGGUCAGUUUUAUCAACAACAAAGCCCUUUUAAUAAUUAUGGUCGUGAAAUAGUUAAAAAUGAAAAAUAUCAUACAACUACAUAUUCAAUAUCUCCAUUGAUUAGUGAAUUAGAAAAUACUAUGAAAAAAAAAUGUUGUGUAUGUGAUUAUGAAUAUCCAAUAAUAUGUAAUGAAACUGAAAUACAUAAUCACGUUAAAAAUUGUUUAUCGACAGUAAAUCUUGAUAAUCUUCAUGUUUCUGACGAACGAAUACAAUUGGAUUGUCCAUUUUGUGAUAAAAAAUUAUUAAACAAUGGUGAUAUUACUGAUCUUGAACAUUUAACAAUGUGUUGUAGUCAAUUGUAUGUCUAA